AUGGGGACGCCGGCGGCGGGCCCCAAGUGCCGCAACGCCUUUCCCGCGCGCGCGCUCUGCAAGUUCGUCGACGACCUGGCGACCACCAUGCGAGUCGCCGUCGACACGAGCGACGGGAAGCUCGUUCGCAUCGGCGUUUACCAGAUUUACCAGAUGCGACUCGUUGGCCCACCAAGUAGGACUGCAAUCUACCAGACGCGACUCGCCUUUCCAGCUCUACCAGUUCCAUCGGGACCUGCCGCCCACGAAGCAAAGUUCCAUCGGGACCUGCCGCCCACCAAGCAGUACGCGUACGGGCUGAACCAGCGCACUGCUGCGUUCCCCGGCCCCACCAUCCUGGCGCAGAAGGGCAAAGACACUCAGAUCUUCUGGUCGAACCACAUCAAGGACAGGAAGCACAUGAUUCAGCUGGACGACACACUCAUGAUCCCCAUGCCCAAGAAAGGGGGCGUGCCCAUCGUUCCCCAUCGACACGGGGGGGAGACCCACAGCACAUAUGACGGCCACCCACAGGCAUGGUUCACCCAGUUUGGGGAGGCAGGGCCUACCUUCUCGACCCGGCUCUACCACUACCACAACAGCCAGCGCCCCUCUAUCGUGUGGUACCACGACCACGCCAUUGCUAUAACGAGGAUAAACGUCAUGGCGGGAAUGGCGGGCUUGUACGUUAUAAUGGAUCCCAAAGGCGAGGAGAAGGAGAUCAACAAGUGGGCGCCGCUGCCUGGCGGGCCGUUCUUCAUGCCCCUGGCCAUCGCGGACCGGAUGUUCUUUCCGAACGGGUCGGUGAACUAUCCGGUCGAUGGGGUUGUUCCAAAGGAGCACCCGCACUGGCAGCCGGAGUUUUUCGGAGAUACGAUCACGGUGAAUGGGAAGGUCUGGCCGUACUUCCGGGUUCGGAGAGCGCUGUACCGGCUGCCGAUCCUGGGAGCGUCCAACGCGCGCUUCUACCAUCUGCGCUUCCAGUGCGCCGUGAGGGGCGACUAUCACGACUUCAAGCCUCCUUUCAGGGGACCCAUCAUCCCCAUGACUCAGAUCGGCAGCGACGGGGGUUAUCUCGCUCGCCCACUCCGCAUGAAGGAAGUGCUGGUGGCGCCGGGGGAGCGGCUUGAUAUGCUCGUGGAUUUCAACGAGGCGCCCUCCUGGUGCCGUGACGUGCUGCUGACGAAUGAUGCUCGCGCGCCCUACCCUGCUGGCGAGCGUGUGAGUCCCGGCACAGCUGUCAUCAUGCGAUUCAUUCUCACCAAGCGCAAGGCCAUCCCGGCCCCGCCCCUCCCCAAGAUGAUUGCUCCCCUGGCGGCCUUGCCUUUCAAGCAGGUGACCAAAUCGCGCUGGCACAUACUGGGGGAGAGGGUAGACCCGGACAGUGACAUGCCGACCGUCAUUCAGCUUGAUGGGAAGGGGUUCUUCGAUCCUGCCACUGAGAUUCUCAAGAAUGGAGCAGUAGAGGUGUGGCACAUCAUCAACCCAUCGGCCGACUCACACCCCAUCCACCUGCACCUGCUGCAGCACCGCCCGUUCGCCCGCCGCUCCUUCAACUCUGAAGCCUUCCUCUCGGACGACUGGGUGGGAGGACACCACUAUUCACACCUGGGGGAGGUGCUAUCCUUCCUCGUGGCCGUGCUCUCCCAGGACGGGAAGCCCUUUGAGUUUGACCCAUCAGUGGGUCCAGGGUAUGUGUGGCAGUGCCACUUCCUGGAGCAUGAGGACAACGACAUGAUGCCCCAUCCCCCCCUCCUCUCCCCUUCCCCUCCCUCCUUUCCCCUCCCCCCCCUCCUUUCCCCUUCCUCCCCCUCCUUUCCCCUCCCCGCCCUCCUUUCCCCUUCCUCCCCCUCCUUUCCCCUCCCCGCCCUCCUUUCCCCUUCCUCCCCCUCCUUUCCCCUCCCCGCCCUCCUUUCCCCUUCCUCCCCCUCCUUUCCCCUCCCCGCCCUCCUUUCCCCUUCCUCCCCCUCCUUUCCCCUCCCCGCCCUCCUUUCCCCUUCCUCCCCCUCCUUUCCCCUCCCCGCCCUCCUUUCCCCUUCCUCCCCCUCCUUUCCCCUCCCCUCCCAUAUGGCAGGACGGCAAGCCCUUCAAGAUGGGAAGCCGUUUUCAUUCGACCCGUCGCAGGGUCCAGGGUACGUGUGGCACUGCCACAUCCUCGAACACGAGGAUAAUGACAUGAUGCGCCCGCUGCUCGUGCGCAAGUGA